UCCUUUUAUCUUAUAAGUGGACUUAUAUUUAUCAGACACGUGGUCUAGGUACUGGAGUAAAUAAAUAUAUAAAUUAAAUAAUUCAAGGAUGUCACGGCCAAAAGUGUUGAUAACUCGUGGAGAUAUUCCAGUUUCCGGUUACAAUUUAUUGCAACAAAAUUGCGAUUUAGUAGAAUGGAAAAAAACUACACCAAUACCACGUGCGGAUUUGCAAUCAAUGAUAGCAGGAGUCGACGGCGUAUUCUGUUUGCUGACAGAUAAAAUAGACAAACAAAUAAUAGAAUCAGCGGGUCCACAACUGAAAGUAAUCGCGACGAUGUCCGUAGGACUGGACCACUUGGACCUGAAGAUUUUAAAAGAGAGAAACAUCAAAGUCGGUUACACUCCAGAUGUUUUGACAGACGCGACCUCGGAGCUGACUGUCGCCCUGUUGCUGGCAACGUCUAGAAGAAUAAUUGAAGCCGAGCGCGCACUCCGAAGAGGAGAAUGGACUUCGUGGUCACCAACGUGGAUGUGCGGACCAGGUCUCGCAGGUUCGACGGUCGGAAUUGUCGGUCUUGGUCGCAUUGGUGCCCGAGUUGCUGAGUACCUUCACCCAUUCCGCGUCUCGCGGAUUUUAUACUCCAGUAGAAGUGAAAAGAAGUCAGCGGAGGCGUUCAAUGGCCAGCGAGUUCCGUUUGACGAAUUGCUGAAGGAAAGUGAUUUCGUUAUUGUGACGAUCGCCCAAACUCCGGAAACUCGAGGGCUGUUCAAUGCUGAAGCAUUCAGUAAAAUGAAAAAAUCGAGUAUUUUUAUAAACGUCAGCAGGGGAGAGAUCGUCGAUCAAGACGCUUUGGUACACGUGUUAAAAAAUAGGGAAAUUAGGGCCGCUGGUCUAGAUGUCAUGACUCCGGAACCCAUUCCAUUGGACCAUGAGCUAUUGAAACUUGACAAUUGUGUUCUCCUGCCACAUAUUGGAAGCGCGUCAACAGAAGUACGUGAAAAAAUGUCAAUAAUAACAGCCAAUAAUAUACUGGCUGUUUUAAAAGGAACUCCUGAAUUAAUGCCGUCUCCAUUAAAUUGAAAUUUUAAAUAAAAAUAAAAUUAUGUCAGAAAAUUGUAUUUUUUUAAUGAUACUGAAGUUAGCAGACGUCUAAUAAUUUUUGGAUUUUUUUUUAGACGAUAGAAGAUAAAAAAAAAAUAUUUGAAAAAAUUGCACCUGUAGUUUUUAAAA